UUGUUAGGUUAAUUAUUUGUGCGCGUUUGGUUUUUGUUUGUUUGUUUGUUUGUUUGAUUUUGCUUCUGUUUUCUUCCGUUUGCAAGUUUAUGAACCCAGCCGAAGGCGAGUCUAAAAAGAUUUCCUUGCGCAAAAUGUUUCGCGGGAAACUAACGACGUUCGUAAAGUGAGCCUGCAAUCUUGACAGGUUGCAAGUUGGCCACAUGCGCGUGACUCAUGCGCACUCGGUACGAAAUGACACCGAUAUGACAAGCUACAUCUAGAAGGAAAGUUGGGCAAGAGAGCGAGAAUUUUAGACGCGAAAUACGAGUUGCUUGCUUCAUUUUUCCUUACCUUUGGGCAUUUACCGGCUUUUAGGAAUUCCAAGAAGACGCAGGCCGACCUGUUCAUCAAACCUGCUGGUAAUUUCCGCCAACAUUCACUGUUUCCGGUGCUACGUUAAAAAGUUUCGUGCCCGGUCUAUAAUUUUGUGUCCGCCAAGUCAACUCGUCGUCUGUCUCCCAAAACCUGUUUAUUCUUCACCUGUUUUGCUUCACGGCGUUUGAUAAUCACUAUGCAAGCUUCAGAUGCAGAGUGCCCGUUAUGCAUGGAGCAGUUGGAAAUCGACGACGUCAAUUUCUUCCCUUGUACUUGUGGAUACCAGAUUUGUAGAUUUUGCUGGCAUCGGAUCAGAACAGAUGAAAAUGGAUUGUGUCCUGCAUGUAGAAAGCCGUACAGUGAAGAUCCUGCAGUUUACACUCCCCUUUCACAAGAUGAAAUACAGAGAAUUCUAAAAGAAAGGAAACAGAAAGAUGUCCAAAGAAAACAGAAAGUAACUGAAAACAGAAAACACUUAGCAAAUGUGAGAGUUGUACAGAAAAACUUGGUAUUUGUAGUGGGAUUAACUCAAAGAUUAGCAGACCCUGAGCUUCUAAAGAGACCAGAGUACUUUAGCAAGUUUGGCAAAAUACACAAGAUAGUUGUGAACAAUAGCACAAACUAUGCAGGUCCUCAGGGCCCAAGUGCGAGUGCAUACAUCACAUAUGUUAGAGAAGAGGAUGCAAUUAAAGCAAUAAUAGCAGUUUGUAAUACUCACCUUGAUGGCAGAACACUAAAGGCAUCUUUAGGAACAACAAAAUACUGUAGCUACUUUCUCAGAAACAUACCUUGUCCGAAAACGGAUUGUAUGUAUCUUCAUGAGUUAGGGGAUGGUGCAGGAAGCUUUACAAAAGAUGACAUGCAGGCAGGAAAACAUCAAGAAUAUGAACAGCAGUUAAUUGCUUUUUAUUCAAAGAAAAUGGGCCUUAAUAGUGAUAAGGAUUCAAAUAGUCAUUGGCCAGAUGAUGGCAGCAGUGAGAAUACCCCACCACCUGGUUUACCUUCUGGAGCGGCUUGGGCUGGCAAAAGUGAGGAUGAGGAGAAUAAUACACAACAGCAUGUUUUAGAGAGCGAGGACUGGGAAGAUACUUGGCUUCCUCCUGCCACCAAGCCGGACAACACCACAUCUGAUAAAGUGACACAAGAAGAACCAACAAAACCCCCACAGACUUCACUCAGCAACUCAGGUUGGGAAAACACAGAAAACACUGCACGUGUAUUAGAUACUUCCAGCUUGUUUACUGCUGAUCUCUGUAGUGGUUUGGGGCUGGCCAAUUUGCAUCUGAAAGUUUAUGGAGAGGAUGAUUUAGGGUUUGACCCAUGGAAUGAAUGUAGUAAAGGCUUAGCAGAUCUUCUGCAAGAGGAAGAGAAAACAACAGAACCUGAUUCAGCACAACACAUUUCUACAGCUUCACAUACACACAGUUUUCUAUCAGCAUUUCCAACAGAUGGUGAUGAUAUCAGAAACUGGCAAGAUGGACUCAGAGCACUUCUACCAAACAUUAACAUAAGUUUCUCAGAUUCUCUUUUAUCUCAACCACAAAAUUCCUGGCCUCCCUCAACAUCCCUUGUGACAGAACCAACUUCCUCUAACUGGUCAUUUUCAUCACAACAGCCACAAAGCUCAUUCCAAGUUCGUCCUCCUCCAGGAUUUGAAUGCAAAUCACUGUCAGGUCAGAUGCCAAUGAUUGAUGAUCCCAGUAUUUUGUGGUCGAAAGCAGUUGACGCAGGCAACCCUCAACUGAACAAACCUAUCACAAGACCUGUUUCUAAUGGAUUCCCAGGAAUGCAUCCCUUAAGAAGACCAACAGAUCUAGGGAGUUCUGCGGCAGUCUCAUCAGGAGAGAAGUUAAAAGUACAAUUUAACACAGAAUCCUCACAGAGAGUUAACUCCGGUGGUUUGUCCAAUUUGGGGGAGAACAGAACUGAUGAAAUUCCUCAGGGCUUAGAGCCUUCUACAGAUAAUAAAACAAAUACUAUGGCAGAGGCAACUCACAGAGUAAACAACUCAUCAUCGGGAUUGCCAAAUCUUGUUGAACAGCACAAGACAAGAGUCAGUGAAUUGUCUAUCAUUGACGUAAAUGAUCCUCUUCCUUCUAAAUGUGCGCACUCGGUAUCAGACUAUAACCCUGAAAGGAAAAACUCUGAAGGCAAAUUACAGGAGACUAAACAACAAUACAGACAUGGACAGAACCAUGAAGCAGCUGGCUGGCCGCAGCAACAAGGCAGAAAUUCAGGCACCAAGGGUAGACAUAAUGAAGUAGCAGGCUCGACAAGGAAACAAACUCAAGGUAGUCAUGACAGAGACAUUUCUCACGAGAAGGCUGGUCCUUCACAAUAUUAUAACAAGAGAAGGAGGGAAAAUGCAAGUAGUUCUCUGGGACACAGACAUUUUGUUGGAAAGCAGCAACAAGACACCACACUAAAUUAAAUUUGAAGUGGUAUACUUUGGUCAGAGGAAUCUUCUAAGGAAGGCAUACCAAAAAAAAUAUGGGCUGGUCUAAAACCGUUGGCUGGCUACAGUAACAAGGCCAAAGUCUCGCUGAAAGUCCAGGCAUGAAAUGAAAGGAUGGAGCACCUCUAUGGCUCUGUGAUGAUGUACUAUCUUUUCCUCUGUAUUGAUGUAAUCUGACAAAGAGAAAAUCUAAAAUGCUUGAUUGCUUGUUUUUUUGGAAGAUUUUUCAUAGAUGACUAAACUGGCUUAGUCGGACAUCUAAUACACCUUAUUUCAAAAUGGCUGCCAUGUAAGUAUUCUUUUGUUUUCUUGCAAAUUAGCCCUAGUUGCCUCGUUCUUAAACUCGAAAUUCAAAAGAAUAUUUCCCCUUAAACAAGCAAGGGCUAAUUUGUAAGUAAACAAAAGAACACUAAAAUGGCAGCCAUUUUGGAAUAAGGUGUAUGAUGUAUCAAGGCUGUUCCCCUGACUAUUCAGCUGCCACACAAUGACAGAGUGAACUAGACAUUCUUAAUACAGAUGACUGAAACUGACCUGUGUGUGUCCAGGAUAAGAAAAGACAAAAUGAAGAUUGAAUGAUGAUAGACUCAGUGACAUCUUUGCUUGUGAGCAAGCUCACACUUGUUGCCUUCCUUGUGAGAGGCAAAACUGUAAUAAUAAUCAGACACUUCUGCUUCUUGUAUGCUGACAAAUUUUUGGUAACUGUGAAGAAUAGCUCUCUGAAAGAACUGAGUCUACUGUCAUCCACCUGUCAGCCAACAAUUGUCAGUUAACUCGCUGGGCUUUGUUGGCCAACAGACAGCCAUCUGUUGGAUAAAUCUCUGGCAGCUGUACUUUGGUUUCUGUCAGCCCUCUGUGAGCCAACAGUCAACUGUCUGUCCAUCAACUGACAGUUUUUUAGGGGGAGCUGUUCCUCACUUUUACCCAAAUUCUUGCAGUUUCCUUGCUUACACACAGGAGCCCAAAUGUUAACCUUCUCUCAGGCUGCGGUGCCAGUAUAUAUAGCUGUUUGAUGACCAUAGUUACACAAGCUGUUUUUAGUUCCCAAUUUGAAAAGCUGCCCACUUAAUCAAUGUCCCAACUAAUAUUGUGGCCAUCUUUCCUCAUUUCUGACACCACCUAUGAACGUUCGACUGCUGUUUAGGAUUGAAUAAGUUAAUAAUAUUACGGGUAUAAUAUAUGCUUUGCUAGUUGUAAAGAGGAGUAGUGCUGCUGGUCAUAAUUUCAUGUCAUCUCAGAUAGAUAUUGAAUGUAAUUCUAAGACCACAUCUCCGUACCAAGCUUCUGCUCUUGUUAUUUAACGUGAAACUCUCGUGCAUUUGUAACAGGACAUAGCUGAUCGUAACUCUAUGAAAAGGUGCUUUUGUAAAAGAGCUUGGCUUGUUGCAUGUCCAAGUGUCAAGUUAUAGUUGCCCAUAAAACAUAGUGGACAUUGUAAGAUGAUUGUAUUCCAAAAGGCUCUUGAUAAAAACAAAUUGCCUUUGGACUCUGCGUUUUAGACCAUCCCAUUAUUCCAGUCAUAACCAGUGGCAGAUCUAGUGGAAGGCCCAGUUCUCCCCACCCCCUCCCCCCACCUUUAUUUUGGGUUAAAAAAAAAGAAAAAAAUCACAGAAGGAAGAAAAGCUGGUAGGGCAAGCAAAAACAAACCAGCUGUGAAAUAUCUGUAAAAUAAUGGAUACAAACUCCUAUUAAUAAAGGAACUUUUAGUUUCAUGGAUUUUUUUUAUAACCUGGCUUCACUCAAAACAGUUCUUUUCUUAAGUGCUGUUUUCCUAGAGUACAUUUGAUGCCCAAUUUGUCUACGAACACUGAACAAGCAGAAAAUGAUUGUUGUUUAGUCUCCUGUUAAAAGUAAACUAUAAAUUAAUAAACACAAUGAACUGGAGGUGGAGUGUGUUUCCCAUCAAGAAGGCUUGUUUCAGUCCAAACAGGCAUUGGUGCCUGUAACUGGACGACUUUUGCAGUUCCAAGUUUUAAACUACUGUUAUUGCAGAGUUGGCAAGUUGUUCGAGAAAGGUUGCCAUGCUACUUUAAGUGUGGACUGGAGGCACACUUACAAAAUUGAGACAAAUGCAACCAGAUUCAGGCUAUGCCGAAAAAACUUCAGCUGAAUGUUUGACUGACUGACUUACCAAAUGAUUGAUUCAUUGACCGAUUGACCAAUCAACUGGUCAGUUAGUCCAGUUCUGGCCCUCUCUCUGUCACGCAACGAGCGUCGCGUGACAGAGAGCGUUGCGUGGCAGAGAGAGGGCCAGAACUGGAUUGGUCAGUUGGUUGACAACUAUUGUCUCCAAGCUGCUCAUGUUUCUGUCUCACAGAAAUAAGGGAUCUGGGGAGUGGCAUGGCUGACUACAGGAAGUGUUUUCUCUUCACAGAAUUACUAAGAUGAAACUCGAGAACAGUGAGCUGCUGCUGCAGCUCGUAACGUUCAUUGCCAUUCCCCAUCUGACCAAGAGCACCUGUCAAGCACUCCUGUUAGUGUUGUUUACCAGCAGUUCCUCUACUGCUGGUAAGGGGGCUGCAUGUCCUCACUAGGGCUGAUGGCCAAGGGGAACAGUGCCUAUCAAACUCUCUUGCCCCCCGCACCCCCCUCAGUCAAAGGUAGGCCAUGAAAAGGAACUUAAUUUUAGUUGCCAUAACAAACAGUAUAUUGGUCUCAGGUGACAGAAAAAAAAAGCACAAACAAGACAGCUAAAUACAAAACGUUGGGGCAAUUUAUUUUGACAACUCCUCACUGGAGAUUCAUCACCAACAGACCAAAUAUCUUCCUGACAAGUUGGUUCCGGAAGAUUUUCUCUUUUUUAUACAAAAAUAAUAAAAAAUAUUUAAUUUCCUACACAGCUUUCAAAAUGAAAACAAAUUCAACUAUUAAGUUUCACAAAUCAUUUAAAAAAUUUAAGAGAACAUUACAGUAAUCAAGUGUUGAUAAACAAACCACACAACCUAAGGUUUACAACUCUUGGCACUGAUAUUAAUAUAAACUGAGUAGUUCGGGUUGGGGGCGGGAUUGUUUUAUUGUCAAGAUUGCAGUAAUGUCACAAUGUACAAAGUGUAAAUGACAGAAAACGUAGAUAAAGACAGACUGGCUUUACACUAUACUACCCUGAAAUAACUGAAGAUGUUUCUGAUGAAUAUCACAUGUAUGUCCAAAAAGUGAAAAAAAAGAGCUGUUAUCAAAAUGCGAUUUGAAAGCUGUGGAAAUGAGCACCAAACAUGCAUGCAUGGAAAGAAUGGAAAUGGUGGCUCCCUGGGGUGGACACAGGAGUUUAGAGAAGGGGGUUCAAGAUACGGUCCGCUGCAGGUGGUCCCCUGUACCAGACGAUCGUCUCCCGAAAAAUCGAGGUCCUGCGAAAUGGGAUUUCCAGCAUUCCGAGGCCAAGUCAGUGUGAUAGUUCUCAUUUUCUUUACUUUAGGGAGUUCCUCCAAACCCCUGCCUCCCUCCAACCCCCCUAGAUCUGCCCCAGGCUCCCUUAGAUAAACUGUGUAGUGCCUGGUAUGUUACGCAGUUUUAAAUCAUAAACAAACAUCUAUAGGUGAUAACCAUUUAAGUCAAUCAUACCUGGUAUGAUUGACUUGGAUUAUAAAUCAGAUAUGAAAAGAUAGCUCAAGUUAAAAGUUUAAGAUAACAAUACAUAAAGCAAGCUGCUGUCAUCCAUCUGUAAACCAAGCUACACAAAAACCUCUGCAUUUCAUUCUUGUAAGAGGCCACAAUCCAAGAGUCUGGACCUCUGAAAAUUAAAAAUAAGUACCGUGCACGCUUAAAUAUCCGCCUUGGGCUGAAGUGCUUCUUUUUUACGCUGACCGAGAGAAUUGCAGUCUCUGGAGACAAGAAUGAUUUUACAUAAACCUGUAGUACUGCAGAAACUACCCUCAAAAUUUUUAUAAGAAAAUCUUACUAGUUAUUGGUAAGGUCUUGUGAUACUAUAAAUUACUGGAUAAAUAACUUUAUGGCAAAUAGUCUUCUAAAACAAGGAUACAAGAAGUUAACUUUCCAUUCUUUCCAUACACUAGUUAAUAGAUUUUACCAUCACUGACAAAAUCAUAUAGUUCAAAUAAUUAUCACAGCAAACUUACUACAUGUACCAAUAAAAUUGUUUAUGAUUGGCUGAGUCAGUCUUUCCAGAGGACUUUUCACAAGCAGUCCCCCUCAUAGUUCUUUCUACUUAGAUUCUGUUAUUUAUGAAGAAUGCAAAUUAAGAUGAGGGUGGAGGGGCUCAUUGUAAUGGUAUUAAAUUGCUCAGCAAAUCUGCACUAUGAAACUCGGCAUAAUCCAUUGGUGCAUGCUGGAUCGGAGUACGCAAAGUUAACUUCACUUUACGAGAGAAAUUAUUUUAUUUCUAUUGGCAAUGGCAUAAAAAAAUUGAUUCAUGUAUUUAGCAAUGCACGAUCAAGUUAUGAUGCACUUAGGAAGUUUGGAGAGUACCCAAGAGGCUAGAUGUUGUUGCUGUUGCCUCAAGCAACAACUCUUAAGCUUCUUCCAUGCACUCCAAACAUCCCACAUGCAUCAUAAAUGUAACUCAAUGAUGCAGGUUAAAGCAUGAAUCAAAUUGAAUUACUUU